AUGAAAAAACAAAAUCAAAGCUCUGUGGUUGAAUUCAUCCUUCUGGGCUUUUCUAACUUUCCUGAACUCCAGGAGCAGAUCUUUGGGAUUUUCUUGGUCAUUUAUGUGGUAACGCUGGUGGGAAAUGCCAUCAUCAUAGUCAUCAUUUUCCUGGACCAGAGUCUUCACAUUCCCAUGUACCUGUUUCUCCUGAACUUGUCUGUGGUGGACCUAAGUUUCAGUGCAGUCAUCAUGCCUGAAAUGCUGGUGGUCCUCUCCACUGAGAAAACGACGAUAUCUUUUGUGGGUUGCUUUGUACAGAUGUAUUUCAUUCUAUUUUUUGGUGGGACUGAAUGUUUUCUCCUAGGGACAAUGGCUUAUGACCGAUUUGCUGCAAUUUGCCAUCCUCUGAACUACCCAAUGAUUAUGAAUAAAGGGGCUUUUAUAAAAUUAGUUAUGUUUUCAUGGGCUUUAGGUUUUAUGUUAGGUAGAGUGCAAACAUCGUGGGUGUCAAGCUUUCCCUUUUGUGGUCCCAAUGAAAUUAAUCAUAUAUCUUGUGAAACCCCAGCAGUGUUAGAACUUGUAUGUGCAGACAUCUUCUUGUUUGAAAUCUAUGCCUUCACAGGCACCAUUUUAAUUAUUUUGGUUCCUUUCUUGCUGAUACUCAUGUCUUACAUUCGAAUACUUUUUGCCAUCCUGAAGAUGUCAUCAACGACUGGGAGACAAAAAGCCUUUUCCACAUGCGCCUCUCAUCUCACCUCUGUGACCCUCUUCUAUGGCACAGCCAGUAUGACUUAUUUGCAACCCAAAUCUGGCUACUCACCCGAAACCAAGAAACUGAUGUCACUGUCUUACUCACUGCUCACACCUCUGCUGAAUCCGCUGAUCUACAGCUUUCGAAACAAAGAGAUGAAAAGGGCUUUGAUGAAAUUAUUGCAAAGAAGAGUGGUUUUGACCAGGCAUGGUGACUCAUGCCUGUGA